UAGCUGUAGCAGUAGUUAGUAGUAGUUGUUAGUAGUAGUAGCAGCAGAGGAAGAAGAAUGGGUAGUAUUUACAUAGCUAAUACUGACCCUUGUUACCAGGGGGCGCCAGGAACCGGGUCUCUCCUGCUCUUCGGGUCCUGUUCAGUGAAGUCACAGGGAGGAGGGUCAGGGAGAAGGCGGGGAGCAAAGGUUCUCUCCUCUCCUCUCGGGACCGCCUCGGCUCAGUAGCUCUGGAGGCAGCAUGACGGUGGGCGCGAGGCUCCGAGAGAAGAUGGACCGCAGAUACCUUCGCCGGUUCCCGGGGCGGGGGCAAGAGGAGGGGGAGGAGGAGGAAGAGGUGGCCUGUAUCCUUCAGCACCAGCAAUUAGAGGAGGAAAGAGAGGAGACUAGGGGCUAUGAAGAGCAGCAGCAGAGCCCGCGACCCCAGGGUGAGGUGAGAGGGAAUCAGGAGCCCCACUCCAAGAGAGUUCACUUUGCCUUUCUCCCGAAGAGAUAUGAGCCUCUGGAGGAGCAGGCAGCCGGAGAAAAGCCUAAAAAGAAAUAUCGGAAGAAGCUCAAGAAGUAUGGCAAGAAUGUUGGAAAAGUGAUCACCAAAGGAUGCCGAUACUUUGUCAUUGGUUUGCAAGGACUUGCCACGGCUUACUCAGCACCCUUCUCAGCAUCUGCUACCCUUGUUAACUUGGUUCGCUAACAGAAGUCACAGGCUAAUGACACUGCUGUCCUGGGAACACCAUGAAGCAAGCAAGAAGAUUUUGACCCAGAAACUUCUUAUGACUCGAGAGGAAAAAAGUGCCGUCUUUUCUUGUGGAGGUUGAUGAGGGGUGUUAAUGAAUCAGUCCCUUCCAUACUUUCUAAUGCUUUUCAUCUUCAAAGUGUUCUUCUAUCAAUAGAAUCCUAGUCAAAAGGAAGCCUGUGCAAUGAAGUAUUGGACCAAAAGGAUAAAUUGAGGUUUCUCUCAGACAAGAUUCUCAGUUACAGAACUGAAAAAUUAGAUCCUAAAUCCUGAAUCUGCAGCUCAUCAAACUGAAGGAGAACCACGUAAAAGACAAAAUCUAAGCGAGCCGACGUGAUGGAAAGGAGAUUCCUAGUGAAUUAAAAUGGGGAGAAAUUUUGGCAAAGGAUUGGAUGUUUGGUGAUCCUUUCCCAGAGUGAAUCUUGAACUGAUACCUGACUUUUACAGAAGACCCAGUAUCCUCUUGUCCCAGAAGUUCCUAUGCAAUGUGUCCCCACAGAGGCCCUCAUUUGGAAGACAGACUUCUUAUGUCUUCUUGCUUUCCUAUUGCCAAAGAUUAGUUACCACUGUGAGAAAAACUGGAGGAGACGGUGAAUUUUGAAGAAUGAGAUAUCUUGAAAGCAGCGUUGUACUGAUGCAUUUGAGGUUAUUAUUCUAAUUUUAAAAAGACCUGCGAUAGUCUAAGCCUAUCCUAUGCCAGUGAAGAAAUGAGUAAAGGUGAGAGAAAAACAAAGCCUGCAGGUUUCAGGAAGGUCCCUUGUUUGAUUAGCUCCUUGUUUGAGUUGGGGGUUUGCUCAGGGCAUUUUACUAUUCCAGCCCAGCCAGUUUAAGGCUGGCUAAGCCUUAAUAGGAACAGCUGAAUUUGUCAUCUGAUUAUUGCAGAUGAAAUGUCCUCCUGGAGACGCUAAAUCUCCUUAUAGUGCUGUCCCACCAUUUCUACUGGAAAUACCGUGUUUUUACUAUCUCUGAAGAGAGAAGAAUACACGUGUAAGAGAUUGAAAUGAUUUGGAUUGGGAAUGAGUUGGGGUUGGGUCAGGACAAGACAGUUAAAACAAUAAUAUUUAGCCAUUCCUUGAAGGAAGUAACAAGGAAAAUAGAGAUGAGAAAGAGAGAUAGAUACUAACAGGGAAAUAGAGACAGAGAGACAAAGACAGAAACACAUAGAGGCACACAGAACAGAGAAACAGAAGGACAGAGAGACAGAGACAGAACAGAGAAACAGAAGGACAGAGAGACAGAGACAGAAAGAGAGAGACACCCAGAGGCACUCAGAAACAGAGAUUCACAGAGUAGAGACAGAAACAGAGGGAGACACUGAUAGACAUAAACAGAAACAGUGAGGCAGAGACAGAGACAGAAACAGAGAGACAGACAGAAACAGAGACAGAGAUAGAAGCAGAGAGACAGGUAGAGACAAAUAGAGAGACAGAUACAGGCAGAGAGACAAAGAGGGAAGAGAAGAGGAGAACAAAAGAGAGAAGAGAAAGUGAGAGAUAAUAGAGAAGUAAAAGAGAAUGAGAUUAAAGAGGGGAGAGGAAAGUUAGAAGUAGAGUCUGACCUUUUUAUUCCUAACUGGAGUUUAGAAUCCUUGAAGUAAGGUAGCAGAGAAGUGGUAUUACCAGCUGGUACUAAGCCAGGUAGGUCCCUUGAACAUCAAAUGGAGACCUCAACUUUUCGGCUUUUCAGAUCAAUUCCAGCUUAAUGACAACCCUAAUGGGAGGACGAAAUAGGUAAGAAAAGGGAAGACAAUGAGAAAGGAAAGCAAGAGAAGGGCGUUUGAUUGUGGUAUUGCUAGAUUUCCAAAUUCUGAAGCAUUAAUAUUAAUAAACUCAUAUCUAAGGAAAAACUUGGCUUGAAUACUUAUGCUGUCAAUAUUUGCAAUGUGAAACCAAUAUUCAAGAUAUUGCUAAAUGGUCAACUAUGAUGAAAGGAAAAUAGAAUGGAGCCUUAUUUAUCAUAUCAAUAAGAAUAUUAGAAAAUUCCUGGCAGUCUUGCUUUUCUGCAAAAUCAUCCCUUUUCCUUUUAUUUUGUCUGUCAAUGAAAGUAGGCUUUGAGAUAUAGGUCAGUCAAGAACUUCGAGUGUUAAUAUGCAAAAGAAUAAACUUGGGAGAAUGCAGGCUUUGGAUUUGUAUGGAUAUGUAUGAUAUCAUUCAAUGGUAUAAAAUAAUGCUAUUUUGUUGCCAACUGGAAGCUUCUAACUGACAAAGGCUUCUGAUGGGGCCUACGAAGACAGGCUUAUUCCUUAGAGAUAUUUGGGUGUCUAGAAUGUUUCCCUUUCCUUCAUGCUGUUUGGGUGAAACCAUAGAAGAGAAAGAAGAAAGGUCAGGCAUGAUCUGGCCCUGGCAAUUCUCAAGCCUGGUUAAGAAUUAACUUAAAUUUUCAAACUAACUCAGUUUUGUCCUUACAAUUGGGUUCAUUUUGAAAGGUUGGUUUCUGCAAACUUUUGCUCUCCGUUAACCACAGUGUUUUCUUUUUUAAAAGCCAAAGCACUGGUGCUUUUCCCUUCGUCAUUUUUCAUCAGGAUUAUAAAAUUAAAAUUUUUAUGUCGGCAUGCUCUAGGUGAUUCCCAUUUUCUGCUUUUUUCCCCAACCCCCUAGUGAUAAAUUUCUAGAAGUUUUCCCCUCACUUGUUCAUGAAAGGCACAAGGAAAUUUUGUUUCUUUUCCAAUCCUACAAUGUAAAUAAAAGUUUGGAUUUGUUUAAUGAAUGUGGAGAUUUUUUUUUUUUACUAUGAAGUUUUACCUAAUCUUCAGUAGCGUGCUAGCGUGGCUAGGUUAUGCAGUGGAUAGAAUUGGGUCUGGAGUCAGGAAGACUCGCCUUCCCAAGUUCAAAUCUGGCAUAAUAUACUUAUUAACAGUGUGGCCUUGGGCAAGUCACUUAACCUCUUUUGCUUCAGUUUCCUCAUCUAUAAAAUGAGCUGGAGAAGGAAAUAGCAAACUGCUCUGAUAUCUUUGCCAAGAAAACCCCAAAUGGUAUUAUGAAGAGUCAAACUCAAACAAAAGAAUUGAACAGCAGCAGCCUUCUCUCCUAAUUGGAGGGAGGGUGGAGUACCAAACUCCUCCCAAUGUCCUCCUUUAGAGAAAGCAGAAACUAGACUCUCAGAUCACUGCUCUUCCUAGUUACAACUCCACAGAACAAGAUAGUCUCUCCUGUCCUCCUUUUUGGUGUCUUCCCUCUCCCUGACUUUUUUUUGGCCUCCUUUUAUUACUUGUGUCUCCCCAUUAUACUGUAAGCUCCUUGGGGGCAGGGACUGUCUUUUUUAUUAUUUGUACCCCUAGCACUUAGUAGCUAGAACACCCAUAAGUGCUUAAUAAAUGCUUAUUGGACUGGA